AGUUAUAAAUCAGCGAGGCUGCGGCUGGCGGGUAUCUGAUGCCCGCGGGAGGUGAGGCUGGCAGGGCGGCCCGCAGCGCGCACUCCGUUUCCGCAGGUCGGGCCGGGCCGGGCCGGGGCGGGCGGGUAGGACUCGGGGGCUGCUGGAUGCGGAUUCCGCGCCUCGCUUUGCCGUUGUCUCUUCCACCGCGGGAAGCGCCCAGGACCGAGGAGAGCCCGUCGGAGCCCAGCCGGUGCCUCUGCCCCUGCCUCGCCGCCGUCGGCAGGGAAAAAGCCCUGCGUUCCUGCAGGCAGGACCAUGCCCCGCCAGCUGCUCUCAGGGACCGUGCUGCUGGGAGCCGCCCUCCUGCUCGCAGGGUCUAGUUCAGGAUCAAAACUAAAGGUUCCUGAGCUGAGUAUAAAUGGCAUACAGCACGUUGUUCAAGCUGGCCAGACUUUAAAUCUCACCUGCAGGGGGGAAAUGGUUCAUUCAUGGUCUUUGCCUGAAACUCUUAGCAAGGAUAGCAAAAGGCUGAAAGUAAUUAAAUAUGCCUGUGGAAGGAAUGGGAAGCAGUCCUGCAGCAGUCUGACCUUGAGCAGAACUCAAGCAAGUGACACUGGAAAUUAUAGCUGCAAAUACCCCACAAGUCCAGCAAAAAAGAAGAAGGAAUCUACAAUCUAUGUAUUUAUUAACGAUACAAGCAACCCAUUUGUAGAGAUGCACAGUGAUAUCCCUAAAAUAAUAAACAUGGAUGUAGGAAGAGAAAUGAUCAUUCCAUGCAGAGUCACAGAGCCAAACAUUGUUGUUACUUUAAAAAAGAUUCCACGAGAAACCCUAAUCCCUGAUGGCAAGACAAUAAUCUGGGACAGCAUGCAAGGCUUCAGAAUACCUAAGGCAACUUACAAAUUCAUCGGGCUGCUGAGCUGUGAGACAACCGUCGCUGGGCACACGUACAGCACCAAGUACCUAACGCACAGAGAAACCAACACCAUUUUUGAUGUCCAGUUAAGCACCCCACGUCUCGUCAAGCUGCUGAAGGGAGACAGCCUAGCAAUUAACUGCACUGUCACUGCAGCCUGGAACACCAGAGUGCAGAUGACAUGGACUUACCCUGGAGAGACGAGGAAAAGGGGUUCUGUAACGCAGCGCAUUGACCAGAAGAAUUCAGAGGCCAACAUUUUUUACAGCAUCCUUGUUGUGGACAGAGUGCGGGAUAUUGAUAAAGGCCAGUACACCUGCCACGUGAAGAGCGGGCCAACCAUCAAGGCUGUCAACACAACAGUCAUUGUUUAUGAUAAAAUGUUCAUUAAUUUGAAACGUCGAAGAAAAACUGCGCUGGAGGCUGUAGCUGGAAGAAAAUCCUAUCGUUUGUCGAUGAAAGUGAAGGCAUUUCCCUCUCCAGAGGUUAUAUGGUUAAAAGAUGGGCUACCUGCUGCUGAAAAAUGUGCCCGGUACGUGGUUAAAGACUAUUCGUUAGUCAUCAAGGAUGUUGCUGAGGAGGAUGCUGGAAACUACACCAUAAUAUUGAGCAUUCGACAGUGGAACUUGUCGAAGAAUCUUACAGUCACUCUUACUGUAAAUGUGAAACCGCAGAUAUACGAAAAGGCUGUGUCUUCAUUCCCUGAUCCCAAUCUGCAUUUACUAGGCAGCAAACAAGUGCUAACAUGCACUGUGUAUGGUAUUCCUCCACCUAAAAUUACAUGGAUGUGGUAUCCCUGUAAACAAAACCAUUCUAAAACAAGGCACGGAUUUUGCUUUCAUACUGAAGGAUCUUUCAUUCUGAAAGCUGGCAGCAAUGUAGGAAACAGGAUCCAGAGCAUCACUGAGAGAACAGCUGUAAUAGCGGGCAAAAAUAAGACUGCUAGCACUCUUGUUGUAGCUGAAGCCAAGUCCUCAGGAAUCUACAGCUGUGUGGCAUCCAACAAAGUGGGAAAAUCUGAAAGAAAUGUCAGUUUUAUUGUGACAGAUGUACCAAGUGGAUUCCACAUUAGUUUGGAAAAAAUGCCCAUUGAAGGAGAGAAUUUGGUAUUGUCCUGUUCGGCCAACAAAUUCCUGUACAAAGACAUUGCUUGGAUUUUACCUAGGACGGUCAACAAUCAAACGAAAGCAAAGAAGUCUCACAACAGGGAAUACUCCAUCACCCUCACUCUGACCAUCAAAAACGUUUCCCUGGCACACUCAGGCACCUAUGCCUGCCGAGCAAGGAACAUAUACACGGGGAAAGAAGUGCUUCAAAAGAAAGACGUUACAAUCAGAGCUCAAGAGGCACCAGCCCUGCUGCGGCAGCUUACGGAUCAGACAGUGAACGCCAGUAACUCUGCCAUGUUGGAGUGCCAGGCUCGUGGUAUUCCUGAGCCCCAGAUAUCCUGGUUUAAAAACCAUGAGGAAAUACAGCAAGAACCAGGAAUAAUUUUAGGGCCUGGAAGCCGAAUGCUGUUUAUUGAAAGAGUAAAAGAGGAGGAUGAAGGACUUUACCAGUGCAUAGCCACCAACUUGAAAGGGUCCGUGGAGAGUGCGGCGUAUGUCACAGUGCAAGGCAUAUCAGAAAGGUCAAACCUGGAGCUGAUAACUCUGACCUGUACCUGUGUGGCUGCGACGCUGUUCUGGCUCCUGUUGACACUCUUCAUUCGCAAGCUGAAGAGGCCUCGUUCCUCUGAAAUGAAGACCAACCAUUACCUGUCAAUCAUAAUGGAUCCUGAUGAAGUCCCCUUAGAUGAGCAAUGUGAACGUCUACCUUAUGAUGCCAGCAAGUGGGAAAUUGCAAGAGAAAGGCUAAAACUAGGAAAGUCUCUUGGACAUGGAGCUUUUGGAAAGGUGGUACAAGCAUCCGCCUUUGGAAUUAGGAAAUCACCAACGUGCAGAAUAGUUGCUGUGAAAAUGUUGAAAGAAGGGGCCACAGCAAGUGAGUACAAAGCACUGAUGACAGAGCUGAAAAUCCUAAUCCACAUUGGUCACCAUCUCAACAUUGUGAAUUUGUUGGGAGCUUGCACAAAAAAUGGAGGGCCUCUGAUGGUGAUUGUUGAAUACUGCAAGUAUGGGAAUUUAUCAAACUAUCUGAAGAGCAAAAGGAAUUUUUUCUGCCCUAACAAGGACUCUGCUCUGCAGGGAGAGCCAAUGAAAGAGAAAAGGGAUAUUGAGCCAGUGGAAAGCAAAAAACAAAGGCUGGCCAGUGUCACCAGCAGCGAGAGCUUCGCCAGCUCUGGCUUCCAGGAAGAUAAAAGUCUGAGUGAUGUGGAGGAGGACGAGGAGGAUGCUGAUGACCUGUACAAGUUGCCCCUCACCAUGGAGGACCUGAUCUCUUACAGCUUUCAGGUGGCCAGAGGCAUGGAGUUCCUCUCCUCCAGAAAGUGCAUUCAUCGUGACCUGGCAGCCAGAAACAUCCUUUUAUCUGAGAACAAUGUUGUGAAGAUCUGUGAUUUUGGCCUUGCAAGAGAUAUUUAUAAGAAUCCUGAUUAUGUGAGAAAAGGAGAUGCUCGACUUCCUCUCAAGUGGAUGGCUCCUGAAUCCAUAUUUGAUAAAAUCUACAAUACAAAAAGUGACGUGUGGUCCUUCGGGGUCUUGCUGUGGGAGAUAUUUUCCUUGGGUGCCUCUCCUUACCCCGGAGUCCAAAUAGACGAGGAUUUCUGCAGGAGGCUGAAGGAAGGCACAAGAAUGCGAGCCCCAGAGCAAGCGACCGAGGAGAUUUACCAAAUCAUGCUGGACUGCUGGCAGAGCAAUCCCAACGACAGGCCACGGUUCUCCGAGCUGGUGGAAAAGCUGGGUGACCUGCUGCAAGCAAAUGUCCAGCAGGAAGGGAAAGACUACAUACCCCUCAGCACAAUAUUUACAACAGAAAAUGGGUCUCCCCCUGCAUCUGAUCCUUUGUGCAAUGAAAAUUUUCCUGUUACAAGCUCAAGUUGUGGAAGCACCGAAAAUGUCAGAUACAUAAACACUUUCAAAAUAAACCCCUCCCAGCGCAUAAAGACAUUUGAAGAGCUUCCCAAGAAGGAAACGCUUGUAUUUAAUGAUUAUCAAGCAGACAGCGGGAUGGUGCUGGCUCCAGAGGAACUGAAACGCUUCACAUGGACAGGCAGCAAGCAGAAGCGGACACUCUUUGGCAUUAAAGGUGCCAGCAGGAGCAAGGAGUCAGUGCUUUCUGGAAUAGCCAAGCCGAGAAGCUUCUGCAGUUUCAGCUGUGACCAGCUCAGUGACUCCAAGCGAAGAUACACCUGUGGUUACGCGAUGCUGGAGAAAAUGAUUGCCAGCCGUUCUCCUCCCGACUACAAUUCUGCUGCUCAUUAUUCUCAGCCACCAGUUUAAGUACUUCUAGGCCAAGAUCUAAGCAUGCAGGGUCUCAUGAAACACUAUCAGUUUCAAAACUCUGAUUCAAAUUAUUUUAAUUAUCAUAAAACUUGAAAAGUUAUCACUGGCUUAAUCCCUGUGAUGUGCUUUUCUACAGACUGCAGUACAUGCAUUCAAAAUAGAGCAAAAUAUUAUUGCUUAAACCUUGGCUUUCCCAAACGCUCAACACCAAUAGCUUUUGCUAAAAAUGCUGAGUGCUUCUGCAUCCAGGAAAACCUGGAAGGCUAUUAUUACAGCCUCUGCUCAAACUUGAGUCACUUCUGUCCUGACUGGGAGAGGCAGCUAGGAGUCCUAGAGAGCCUAGAGUCCAGUGCACCAGGCACUGAGGUAUUCACAUCCCAUGGCUGGGGUAUGUGCUGUACUGGAAAAUAAAGGAGCCUUCAAGAAGACAGAAGCUAGAAACAGACUACAAACUAUAUUUUUUAUGAAAACUACUUUGAGAAACUUGUGGGAGGGCUGAUGCUCUGAGGAAGCUGAAUAAGCUAAUUGGGGAUGGGGCAUUAUAUGGAUCUUACUGCUCCAGAUGGCAGAUGCAGUAGGGAGCCUUGCAAGGCAAGAAUUUAAAAUGCACUGCUAAACGCAAUUGGCAAGGAUAGAGGAGAGCUAAGACCAGAUCCAGAGCUGUAACAACAGGGAAUACAUACCAAUUCAGUUUGGACAAUCCUGUUGAAAUCAAGUAAAUAUUGAAGUUUUGCACUUUGUCAGUAAGCCAACACGCACACACUGGACCACAAGGUAGAUAGGUUAAAGUCAAGCUCUGUACACAAAACCUCAUGGACCUUCUAACACUGCACUGAUUAUAUUUUAUUUAUGGGAAUCUGUCUGAAAAGACAGGAUGGCUACUAGACUGCACAAACUUUAAUUGAUCACUAGAGAGUUUGAAGAGAUUAGUUAGAAAUUACAAGACAAUCUGUAAAGUAAGGGCAGCUUUUCUGUGAAGACACCUAAAUUUCCAUGUUAAGUUACCAGUAUGUACAGGAAUAAAAAUGUAUCAUUCAUUUACAGCAGACUUUUGUACAGCAUCUCAGAAAGGUCAUGAGUGUUCUUUGCUCAAGAAGCAUUAGGGUGCACCCAUUCCCUUUCACCUUUGAAUGCAGUAUUGAAAUGAGACAUUUAACACAGCAGCACUGAUAUCUGCCAAAACAAUUACAGCCCAAUGUCAGCUUCUUGUGGUCCACUAAAAUACGUAUUAACUCAAAUGCUACAUGUUAUAUGAUCUCUUGCUCUCUCAGAAUUCAGGCAAAGCGCCGUGAAUGUAACCCACUAACAGACUUUAAGGCAAAUGACCUUUUGCAUAUUUACAAAUAAAAACUAUCUUUGAUAUUCAAGCAAAAUAAAUAUGUACCACUACUUCUAAGUAUCUCUGCAUAAGAGAUCAUCAGUUUUAAGUAUCUAUUGCACUGCCUCUUGUUGGUAAAGCAUAUUUUACCUUGAUAAAGACAGAAGUUUCAGUAUUCUUUUGUUACUAGAACUGAGCAGGAAUAGUUACAGGAUGAUGCAUCUCAAAGGAUGUGUUUGCACAGUGUAAAUAUAUAAAUAUGCUUUUAUGCAUAAAUAUUUAAGAAAACUGGACUACAAAGAUUACUUUUGUAUGAACUCCCAAGUGUCUUCAGAUGUGAAGAACUCCUAUUUUGUCUUGCAUUUUCUGUCUUUAUAUAAUGUGUUUGACUACUAAAUUCAUAUAAUAAAGUUUGCUUUUCAAAAAAAUUUAAGAGUUCUGCCAGCGUCAAAGACUGCUGUGGCACACAAGUCAGCACUGGUAGCACAACAUCUGGCACACAUCCAUCCCACAGGCUGAUUUUCUGAGCAAAGGAGAACAUGGAACAAUCACACAGAAGGAAGGCACACUUCUCGCACAGCAAUCCAGCUACAGUGAGAGAUACCUGUCACUGCUCCCUGUGUGGGUGACAUCCCCUAGGUUCAGCAUAGUUAGGAAGAGCUUACUGCUGUCUAGAGACAAAAAUUCAACUCAGCCUCUGGGAGAGGCAAGGUUUCAUGGUGGGGGAAGACAAAGACAAACAUCCACCACAUAAACCACUCACAAUUCCUGGUUUCUUCAGCAGCUAGAAGAUGCACACCAGAGAAAAGGACAGCAAACAGGGCUAAGGUGUCCCCACCAAAGCCUGUU